UCCAGUUGGACAGGUAGCGGCCGCGAGGCCAGACGGUGCACAGGGCGCGACGCGCGAAAGGCGACGCACACACCAUGUCCGACUUGCCACAGCAGUAAGCACCCCGUCGGCAAGGGGACACUUGUUGGACUGCUCGCCGCGCUUUGGGGCGAGAUCCUUUCAGCGCCUCAGAGAGCGGACAGACUUUUCUUCGCGGAAAAUGGGAUUGCUGGGCCUCUGGCUGGCGCUGGCCCUGGCCCUUCCCUGUCUCACCACGGCGCAGACCACCAGAGGAAUUAACGUCUUGUUCGUGAGCGAUGAGUCCAACCCCGUGGCCGAGAAGGCGCUGGACGUGGCCUUGAACUACGUCCGGCGCACGGCCAGCACGGGCAUCCAGUUCGACUCCUUCCAGCGCGUCAUCGCCAACACCUCGGACGCCAGGACCCUCCUCGAAGCGCUAUGCGAGAAAUACGACAAUUCGCUGAAGACGGAGAAGCCCCCCGACCUGGUGCUCGACUUCACGCAGACGGGCGUCACGUCGGAGACGGUCAAGUCGUUCACGCACGCUCUGGCCCUGCCCACCGUCAGCGCGUCGUACGGCCAGGAGGACGACCUCAGGCAGUGGCGCUUCCUCGCCGACGACCAGAUGAAGUACCUGGUGCAGGUGUCGCCCCCGGCAGACAUGAUCCCCGAGGUGAUCCGCAGCAUCGUGCUGGCCUGGAACAUCAGCAACGCCGGCAUCCUGUUCGACGACUCGUUCGUGAUGGACCACAAGUACAAGUCGCUGCUGCAGAACGUGCCGACGCGCCACCUGAUCGCCGCCGUGGAGGACGUCCGCAACGUGAAGCGGCAGCUGACGCGGCUGCGCGAGCUGGACAUCGUCAACUUCUUCGUGCUGGGCCGCCUGGCCACGCUCAAGAACGUGCUGGACGCCGCCAACGCCAACAAGUACUUCGGCCGCAAGUUCGCCUGGUUCGCCAUCACGCAGGACAAGGGGCAGCUCAAGUGCAGCGCCAGCAACGCCACCAUCCUGUUCCUCAAGCCGGAGCCCGACCCCACGUCGCGGGAGCGCCUGGAGAAGCUGCGCACCGACUUCAGCCUCACCACGGAGCCGGAAAUCGCCUCCGCCUUCUACUUCGACCUCGCGCUCCGCUCCUUCCUCUCCAUCAAGCAGAUGAUGGACAAGGGCCAGUGGAAAAAGCUCAACUACGUCAGCUGUGAAGAGUACCAGGAGGACAAGCCCAUGGUGCGCCGUGACUUGGAGCUGCGGCGCGCGCUCAGGGAGGUCCAGGAGCCGCCGUCCUACGCGCCCAUGAUGCUGGAGGAGCACAACGGGCACUCCUACAUGGAGGCCAGCAUGCGCCUGGAGAAGGUGACGGUGGUCAACGGCCAGAGCGUCUCCGCCGAGGUGGAGGGGUCCUGGAAGCUCGGCCUAGACUCGCCGCUCUCCGUCAAGGACGCCUCGUCCAUCGCCAACCUGACGGCGGCCAGCGUCUACCGCAUCGUCACCGUCCUGCAAAAGCCCUUCGUGAUGGAGACCCGGGACAAGAGCGGCGCCGUCAAGUACGAGGGCUACUGCAUCGACCUGCUGGACGAGAUCCGCAAGAUCAUCGUGUUCGAGUACGAGAUCUACGUGGCCCCCGACAACAAGUUCGGCAACAUGGACGAGAAGGGCCAGUGGGACGGCAUGAUCAAGGAGCUCAUGGAGAAGCGCGCCGACAUCGGCCUGGGCUCGCUGGCCGUGAUGGCGGAGCGCGAGAACGUGAUCGACUUCACGGUGCCGUACUACGACCUGGUGGGCAUCAGCAUCCUCAUGAAGAAGCCCGAGACCCCCACCUCCCUGUUCAAGUUCCUGACGGUGCUCGAGAGGGAGGUGUGGCUGUGCAUCCUGGCCGCCUACUUCUUCACCAGCUUCCUCAUGUGGGUGUUUGACCGCUGGAGCCCGUACAGCUACCAGAACAACCGCGAGAAGUACAAGGACGACGAGGAGAAGCGCGAGUUCAACCUCAAGGAGUGCCUGUGGUUCUGCAUGACGUCGCUCACGCCGCAGGGUGGAGGCGAGGCGCCCAAGAACCUGUCGGGGCGCCUGGUGGCCGCCACGUGGUGGCUCUUCGGCUUCAUCAUCAUCGCCUCGUACACCGCCAACCUGGCGGCCUUCCUCACCGUCUCGAGGCUGGACACGCCUGUCGAGUCCCUGGACGACCUGAGCAAGCAGUACAAGAUCCAGUACGCGCCCUACAACGGCUCGGCCGCCAUGACUUACUUCCAGCGCAUGGCCGACAUCGAGACCCGCUUCUACGAGAUCUGGAAAGACAUGAGCCUCAACGAUUCGCUGAGCGAGGUGGAGCGCGCCAAGCUGGCCGUGUGGGACUACCCGGUGGGCGACAAGUACACCAAGAUGUGGCAGGCCAUGCUCGACGCCAAGAUGCCCAACAACCUGGAGGAGGCUGUGGCCAGGGUGCGCCUCUCGGAGGGCACCAGCGAAGGCUUCGCGUACCUCGGGGAUGCAACGGACAUCCGCUACCUCUCUCUCACCAACUGCGACCUGCAAAUGGUGGGGGAGGAGUUCUCCCGCAAGCCGUACGCCAUCGCGGUGCAGCAGGGCUCCCCGCUCAAGGACCAGUUCAACAACGCCAUCCUGCAGCUGCUCAACAAGCGCAAGCUCGAGAAGCUCAAGGAGCGCUGGUGGUCCACCAACCCGGAGAUCAAGAAGUGUGACAAGCAGGACGACCAGCAGGACGGCAUCUCGAUCCAGAACAUAGGCGGCGUGUUCAUCGUCAUCUUCGUGGGCAUCGGACUGGCCUGCGUGACGCUGGCCUUCGAGUACUACUGGUACAAGUACAAGCGCAACCCCCGCGUCACGGACCUGGCCGGGCAGCGCGGCGGCAAGGCGCCCCGUCAGCAGCACCUGGCCGUCAUCGGCCGCGGCGCCUCCGACGACCUCAGCGCCACCGCCAAGCUGGACGCGGCGGCGCUGGGGGCCUUGGGCCAGGCCUACAACUACAGGCGGAACGGGAACCAAUUGCCCGGCGUGAAUCAGGCCUGGCAGCACUAGAGGGAACGACAGCGACAAACUGCGCGUGACAUCGAGGCGCGGCUCAGCCUUUCUUCCUGGACUGCAAUAUUCAUGACUUGUGUCAUCUUUUCGGCUACUUUUGCUCUUGAUUUCUGUCAGUUUAGGUUUAUUGUGUUGAGUGAGACAUGUUAUUGUUAGAUUGAAUUAAGAGGGCCUAGGAGCCAACUUCUUGUUUCCGCACGAGUGGUCACGUUUUUGUGAGGGUGCCUGCAAAUUAUCAGGGUGGACCACCAAAUGACUGAGUAAUCUAGUGAAGUAGUCUGUGUGUGUUGAUAUGUAUUUGCUGUGAAAAAUUUGACAAGAGUUGACUUUAUGCACACGGUUUUUAAUGUUUGGGACCAAUCUUUUUUCCCUUCUGUUUUCCAAGUUUUAGAGGGUGUGAGAGUUUUUAUGCACAGCUUGGAUAUAAGUUAUGUGAAAUGCAGUAUUUUUCAGAGUGUGAUUAUUGUGCUAGAAUUAUAUCACUUUAGACUUUAGAAUUCAUUUCUGUACUUGAGAGUUUGGACUUUGUUAAGAGAGUGAGGAGAGAUGUUGGAUAAUAAAGAAUGCAGAUCUCAA